AUGACCCUGAUCAACUUUCCUGCCCUACCACAGUGGGCCCAAACCCUCGCCAGUAUCCUCCCACUGUCAGCACUGAUCGAAUUCGUCGAUGUUGAAACCAGUAUUCACGUCUAUGAGCUCAGGGGCGGCUCAGUGCCUUAUUGGAACUGGCCCGUGUCACCAGCAGGGGCACGUACUCUUCUCUCUGAAACCGGUCGAGAUUGUCUCUUGGAUCAGCCAGAACGGAGUUCCAAGAAAUUGACAUGCAUUGAUGGCUUUUGGGGCAACAGGUUUCCGUGCAGCGCCCCGACGACAACCUUGCUUUGGUUGGAAUCGCUACCUAAGUCUCUAGACAUUAAGAAUGAUUCCCCUAAUAUGAUGAAUGCGGAUAAACGAGAGCAAAUCCUGCAUCAAAUCGCCUUGACUCAGCCCCCGACCAGCUCAGGUUCGGGAUUGUUGUCGAUUUGCAGUGGCUUUUUACGAAAACGUGGGCCGCGUUAUCUCUCGGUGUCUUUGAUCGGGUGGAUCUUUUGGAUAACUCUAGUUAUCAUCAGCUUCAUGGGUGGUCUCUAUAUUGGAGGGACGUAUCUUUGUCUCAUGCCGGCUACGGGAAUAGUCCUUCGGUUUACGCACGGAACCGAGGCUCGUACGCCAGUCAUUCGUUCCGCCAAUCCCUCAUACCCGCGCCUUGUCAUUGCAGCAGGGACCGAAAACUCGCGAGAAUGGUAUGCGUUUCGAGGAAAGCAUCCGCUGCUCACUGGGCUCUUUAACGUCUCGCUGGAACAAACCGAACGUCUUCCAUUCAGACCUUUUUUUCUGUAUCUUUUGAGGCUCUUGAUCCUCAGCCAGUGGGCAGCUAUUGUAGGGUCCUCCGCUACAGAAAACUGGGACGCCUAUGUUGUCUCCAUCUGGACGACGUUCUGCAUUGCGGCAUCUUCCUAUGGCUAUCCGAUUCAUCUUGCAGCCAGGGACUGGUUGGAAAGGGAUUGCAAAGUUGACAUCAGCAAGGCCACGACAGUCCUUUCUGGGCGCAACGCUCUUUUGGUCGCACUAGGAACAAUUAACCCAGAUAAAAAGGCAGAAAAGACUCAGUGGAUGGAUCCUAUCCUUGCUGAAACAAACGAUCGGAAGAAUAUAUGGUCUGCUGUCAUCCAAAGAACAUCUGAAACCCCAAAUGAACAAACGCCUGAACAUUCAUCUGGGCAUUCAACGGAGGAUUCGACUAGAAGAACACCUGAAACAACAAAUAAACAAACACCACAUUCAGCCUUAGCUCAGAAGCAAAGCACUCCGCCAUGGUGGGAAAGGUUUGUAGAAGAAGGAGUUAACAUUGGUAAGGAGCUUGAUCAAGAAUAUAAGAAAAACGAGCAGAAAGUAUCUGCUGAAACACUAUAG